AUGUCUAAAAGAGCUGUCUGCUAUGCCCCUGAAAAACGCAAAGAAAUCCAUGCCUUUGCAGUUGCCAAAACUCCAGUUAAGAUUCAAAAUUUUAAACAACCAGAUCAAUCUAACGAGCUCAUUCUAACCAAAUUUACUUCUGUCACUCCAUUACCUGAAAACGUAAUCACCUUUCCCUUCUCGGAAGAGUUGGCAGCUUCCUUCAAUGGUGAACCUGUUAAUUUGUCAGCCAUCCAUAACCUGACAGCCGAGCAAUUGAUCUCAGUGAAAGGUCAUGUCUCAAGCAUCGCUGGUGUCAAACUAGUGCAAACUAAAGUUUGGUGGAAAAGUAAAAAAGCAAGAUGUUAUCAUUAG